AUGUAUCAUCACCAACGUGAUAUAUCUUCAUCAGCGUCUUCGUCGGCUGGCUACGGCUGGUUCUUGCCGCCCACGUCGACGCAGCAGUUGUCUCCUGGUAGUCCCAGGUCGAUAAGCAGCGUCGGCAUGAUCGGCCCUGACAGGUACCAGAGUCACAGCUCCGGGAGGAGUUCGUCGCGCAGCCUACCUUAUUCUACGACUUCGGCGGCUCAUGGACGAUCGUGCAAAAAUCUUUCGCCGCAGUCCUCGCCAUAUUUGGCGGCUGAUACGAUUUUUACAUACCCGUCAUGGACCGUGUCACCAGCUUCUCCCAGCACAAGUGUUCAUCACGUGGCUGCUCAGUCUUCAUCCGGGUUAGGAGCAAGUUCGUUAGUGGCGCCUCAAUAUUGGACGCCGGUAACCAGCACGCCCCCUCCACAAGGCUCAGCAGGAACAUCUUCCAGCAGUGGCGCAGGAUUAAACUGCUCAGCUGAUACUACUAAUCUGGGCAGUAGAUCAGUUACGCCCUGCGAUGGAAGACAUAGUCCUGGAACAGCUGGAUAUCAGGUGAAGCUACUAAACUAA